AUGAACACUUCUGUUCAACCUCUGCAACCCUUAUCAAUGUUCUUCGACUUUUUUCUUCCUCUCUUGCUUUUCACCAUUUUGAUGGCCUGGUUACGACGGAAACCUCCAUACCCACCGGGCCCAAAAGGCUUGCCCAUGAUGGACCAGUUGACCCACCGCGGGCUAGCCCGGCUAGCCAAGGAGUAUGGUGGACUGUGUCACCUUCAAAUGGGAGCCUUACACAUGGUGGCCGUGUCGUCUCCGGACAUAGCCCGUGAAAUCCUUCAGGCCCAAGACAAUGUGUUCUCGAAUCGGCCCGCAACUGUUGCCAUAACCUACCUGACGCAUGAUCGAGCCGACAUGGCCUUUGCCCACUGCGGCCCAUUUUGGCGUCCAAUGCGUAAAAUAUCCGCGAAAUUUGAUUGUGGUUGA